AUGGAAGCAAAAGGCGAUAUCGACGACCCCCUUGCCCCUACCACCCAUGAUCACGCGCAAGAGAGCAUUGGUCUGGACGGGCACAGUCGAAACUAUCGCCCCUCCUCACUUGGAGGACCUCUCGGUUAUCGUUCGGAGAACAGGCUUCCUGGACGGUCUAAUGGGCGAGAUUUACCACCGCCUAUAGAGGAUGAAAUUGAGGAGUCCCGGGGGCCAACUCACACAGCAAGACGUUCAUUGGGGCCAUCAACAUUUACGACACCCUUGUCAUCAUCCUUAUUACAACCUUCAUCUCCCUACUCGGGCCUGAAACGUAAGAUGUCACACGACCGCUCCGCCAUUUCCCCGCUCCCUGGCCCCCAAUACAGUCUUGCCGAGGAGUCGUCGUCUUCAUCCAGUAAUGGUCCCUCCCACCAUCACGCUUUCAUUCCACCGAUGGCGUAUGAUGGCGAGCAGGACCAUACCCUUCCUCCUGCUAAGCGGAGGGGGUCAACAUUUGAUGUGCGGAUAUCGCAGCUGAGCUUGUACGAUCAGCGAAGGCAUUCUGUGCAUUCCAUUCAUUCGCUUGAUUCGUCGAGGUCUUCGGGACCUGGUGGCCCAUUAUCGAUAAGUUCCUGGGCAACUCGAAGGGACUCGACAGCUAGUUUUUACAGCGACGCAUCUUUCGGUAGCCAAAGUACGAGUGCCUCCCUUUUUCCGCAAGAUUCCGGUGGACCAAAUCCUAGUCACUCUUGGCGAUCGCCUGCAGCACUUCAACCACCCAUCCCGGACGUGGAGUCUAAUCAUUUACCAUCGAUUCAUCACAAUCGGUCGCUCCCCACCUUCGAGUCAGUCGCUGAAGAGAACGCUGCACCAAAAGCUUCACCAAGCAGCCACCAACGACAAGGGAUUCCUUCCCUUCCACCGCUUAACCUUCUUUCUUCCCAAAAUACCGAUCAGGCAGCAAAUGGCGGACACCGUCAAUUACAUGCGCCUCCGGAACACUCCGAGCGCCGCAUGUCUGUUUCUGACAUCCUUAUAUCCAAAAACGGGCGUGAUGGCGCUCGAUUCAAACAAUCGAACUCUCGAUCACCUGUCUCCCCUCUCAUUGACGGUCACGGAAGAGUGAGUCCUAAUACGUCGAAUGCCCUUUCCCGUGGGCCAUUCCACGAACACGCUGCCGUUACGAACAUAAAUCUACCAUCAAAUGGGAGUAACGGGACGAAAUAUGGUGAAUCCCCUUAUUCGAGAAGUCCCGAGUUGCGGGUGAGUCACAAGUUGGCGGAGCGCAAACGAAGGAAAGAGAUGAAGGAGCUGUUCGAUGAAUUGAGGGAUCAAUUACCUGAGGACAGGACAAUGAAAGCCUCCAAAUGGGAGAUCCUAACGAAAUCGGUGGAAUACAUAGGUCAAUUGAAGCGGGCGUAUGAACAUAGCCAAGCCGAACUUGUGGCUGCCCGUCGCGAAAUUGCCCAACUCACUGGGAAACCAUACCAGCCGCCGAACAAUGAUCUCCUGCAUUCCCUCCCGAUAGACAUAAUUAAUCCGUCACAUUUCACAUCAUCCUCAUCUAAUCCACCUUCUUCGGCUGAGCCACAAUGUGCAUCACAGACAGAUACGGCUUUAACAGAUGAUCACGCACCCCUUGCUGAUCUCCCGCCACCUGGGGGCUCACCACAGGCCCGCGGAAGUAAGGAAAGGGGUGGACAGAAUGUGAAUGAUGAGGAAGGGAGCUCGGGACCAUGUGGUGCGUUGGAGAGCUCAUCGUCGAGAGGGACCACUGUCUCGGGUGAACGAACCCCGGAGAGGGGCACACGAGAAUCACGUAUGGAAGAGCUUGUCUCGUCAUAA